GUUCAAUGUUUAAUCCGUCACAUAUCCUUUCGUUCUUACUGCUUUGACAAAUGAAGCAUGACAAUAUUGGGUUCUACAUUUUGUUUCACCAAGUGACAGCUAUAUUUAUAACCUAAAUUAGUCAUCGAGUGUAGUUAAAUGAUAGUAGCGGCGUCCAGAUUAAGUGCUAGUUAUGUUCGUCAAAUAAUUUUGUUCAUUAAUGUUGAAGUACCAUAUUCUGGUUAAAUAAGCCACUGGGGUUUACUUCACCAUCGAGCUGUCGGCGACGCUAACUGAGAUAACUGCGUAGAACCAGCUUUUCAAAAUGACGAGCAUCUACAACUGGUACAGAGACCUCUUGGACAACAGGAGUGAUCCCCGGGUGAAGGAUUGGCCGAUGACGUCGUCGCCGUGGCCAACGGUCGCGAUAUGUCUGGGCUACGCCUACUUCUCCAAGUCCCUCGGGCCCAGGCUCAUGGCCAACAGGAAACCCUUCGAACUGAGGGGCGUCCUCAUAGUAUAUAACCUAUUCCAAACCCUGUUCAGCGCCUGGAUAUUCUAUGAGUACCUAAUGAGCGGCUGGUGGGGUGAAUACAACUUCACUUGUCAACUCGUCGACUACUCGAGGAGCCCUACUGCAAUGAGGAUGGCAGCCACGUGCUGGUGGUACUACUUCAGCAAGUUCACAGAGUUCUUCGACACGCUGUUUUUCAUUCUACGCAAGAAGAACGAGCAGGCGUCCACACUGCAUGUGAUACACCACGGCAUCAUGCCCUUCUCAGUGUGGAUGGGCCUUAAAUUCGCGCCAGGCGGCCACAGCACAUUCUUCGCGCUGCUCAACACGUUUGUGCAUAUCGUCAUGUACUUCUACUACAUGGUGUCAGCCAUGGGACCCAAGUACCAGAAGUACAUCUGGUGGAAGAAGUACCUCACCGCUUUCCAGAUGGUCCAGUUCGUGAUGAUCUUCAGCCACCAGCUGCAGGUGCUCUUCCGGCCGUCGUGCCAGUACCCGCACGUGUUCGUCUACUGGAUCGCCAUGCACGGUUUCCUCUUCCUGUUCCUCUUCAGCGAUUUCUACAAGGCGAGAUACACGCGGAAGGUGCAGAAACGCGCCGAUGGACUUUGUAUGGCGGUGGAUGUGGGCGCGACGCGCGGGUACAAGGAGGGGUCGCAGGUGCCGAGCGCGUACGCGUCGUCGGCCGCGGACGCCUUCGUGCGGCGGCGGCCCGUCUCAUAGUGCCCGCUACACC